UGUGGCACUCAAACCAAUUCGCCAGAAUUUCUUUCCUCAGUAGCUGCUUUGCAGGCUUUGGAACAGACUGCCGAUGCUGUUGAUGCUCGUCAAAGCGGUGCUACGGCUAAUAUUACGAUACCGGUUUAUAUGACUGCGUUUGUCAACACAACAAACUCACAAGAUAUCUUGAGCGACAAUGAUUUGAAAGCUCAGUUCGACGUUCUUGUCGAAAGCUACGCGCCCCUCGGUAUUACUUUUACACUCAAGAACACGACUCGAAUUGUUAAUGACGACUACGCAAUGGGAUUUGAUUACUAUAACUUCAACGGAAUCAAGGCUGAGACUAAACAAGGUGGCUAUGACACACUCAACUUAUAUUAUGUUACCAAUAUGGAUCCCACAGAAUGGGGUUGGGGAUCAUGCACCUUGCCUACCAGUAACAUAACUAGUGACUCGCUUUGGGCUCGUCUCGAUGGAUGCACGCUGGUGUCUUACACGGUUCCAGGAGGAACCAACGACGGGACAACCUACAAGGGACAGAUCGCGGUCCAUGAAGUCGGACAUUGGCUUUCUCUUCUACAUACCUUCGAUGGUCUCAGCUGCGAUGGACCUGGCGAUUAUAUUGCAGAUACUCCGCAAGAGUCUGCCAGUACAUUGAAUGUCUGCCCUGUUGGGCGUGAUUCCUGCCCGGAUGAGCCCGGCUUAGAUCCGAUUCAGAACUUCAUGGACUACUCGGGCGAGGGCUGCUGGUCUGAAUUUACUCCCGGCCAAGGGGUUCGCAUGGCUAACUGUUGGUGGACCAUGCGA